AUGUCCAUAGACCCCAGGUUGUUCCCUAAGCGGGUCACGUAUAGUGCCCUGCUUACCGUCAAUGUCUUUGUCUUCAUGGGUAACAUGUAUUCGUCUGGUAUUGCCGUCGGCUUUGAGUCAUUGGCUACAGAUUUGCACCUGCCAUUCGCUAUACUUUCAGAGCUAAUCACUUACUCUGUCUUAGCUAUGGGGCUGUCUAAUUUGAUUUGGAUGCCUCUGGCUCUGAUAUUUGGAAAACGACCUAUCGUCUUGAUUUCGAUGGCCAUGUUUCUGGGUGGAGUCAUCUGGAGCGCUGUCGCAAAAGACUACAAUAGUCUUCUUGCAUCGCGUGUGUUUGCUAGCUUUGGUUAUGGCUCAAUCGAGUCACUGGGGCCAAGUAUCCUUGCUGAUUUGUUCUAUGAACGCAAUUACUCCAGCGCAAUGGCUAUAUACGCCGCAUUCCUUUCGGGCGGCUCUCAAAUUGGCCCUGUUAUUGCAGGUUAUCUAAUUGAAGCCAAAGGAUGGAGAUGGUUCUUCAUUCUCUGCGCUAUCAUUGCCGCCGUCAAUCUUAUAACCACUGUUUUCCUCCUACCCGAGACUUUGUACGAAGUUGAGCCAGAGCCAGAGCUUGUCAACGACAUAGAGAAAGAUGUUCACAGCCAUGUUGAGAACGUCACUCGGAGUGAUACUCGCACAGAGGGGCGUGAAAAAAUGGAUUAUCAUUCUUACUGGAAGGGCCUCUGGUCUUUCGAGAUUUCAAAGAAAGCAAAGGAGAAGGGUGUUAUCAAGUACUUCGCGUACUUGUUCAUUCUCCCUUUCCCACUCCUCUUGAUUCCUGGUGUUCUCAUUGCAUCCGCCAUGUAUGGUGUAAUUCUUGGCGCCGUUGUCAUCAUCUCCACGAUUGCGCCCGAUGUGUUCUCUCCGCCUCCAUACCUCUUCUCCUCCGCAGAUCUUGGUCUGUUCACAUUCAGCAGCUUCAUCGGCAUCGUGAUUGCUGCGCCGAUUGCUGGGCCACUGACGGAUCGUUUGUCUCGCUGGCUACGUACACGCAACAACGGGAUCCACAAACCUGAGCAUCGUCUUCCUGCAUUGAUCCUUCCAUUCUUGAUCUGCCCCGUAGGGCUGAUUGUUUUUGGAUACACUGUGGCACACCACCAGCAUUAUAUCCGUCCUGCUGUUGGCGCAGCGAUAUGUGCAGCUGGACUUACGCUUGUUCCUUCGGUUAUGUUGUCUUACGUCGUAGACUCAUACCCUCGGACUAGUGGUGAGGCAUUGGUGCUGGUGAACACUUCCAAGAAUGUGGUUGCUUUUGGUCUUGCUAAGGGUUCAUAUUCUUGGAUGACUAUGGAAGGGAUUGAAAAGAUGUUUUAUGAGUUUGCUGGUAUUGAGUGGGCUAUUCUGUUCCUGGCUCUACCUUUGUAUAUCUUGGGGCCUUAUGUGCGGCGACGAACACAGGAGCUGUUCUAG